AUGGGUGGUUGGGCUAUCGCUGUGCAUGGCGGCGCUGGUGUUGAUCCCAACCUCCCACCGGAACGCCAAGACCAGGCCAAACAAAUCCUUACUCGUUGCCUUAAUCUUGGCAUUUCUGCUCUUCGCUCCUCUCUCCCUGCCAUUGAUGUCGUCGAACUCGUCGUGAGAGAAUUGGAGACCGAUCCUUUCUUUAAUUCUGGCCGUGGAUCUGCUCUCACUGAGAAAGGAACGGUCGAGAUGGAAGCAAGCAUCAUGGAUGGACCCGGUCGGCGCUGCGGUGCGGUUUCGGGCGUCACCACCGUCAAGAACCCCGUCUCACUUGCCCGCCUUGUCAUGGACAAAUCCCCUCACUCUUAUCUCGCUUUUUCCGGCGCUGAAGAAUUUGCUAAACAACAGGGAGUAGAAAUGGUGGAAAAUGAUUACUUUAUCACUGAAGACAAUGUAGGCAUGUUGAAACUGGCCAAAGAAGCCAACUCCAUUUUGUUUGACUACCGCAUCCCAUUGGCUGGAAUGGAGUCAUGUGCUGCUUCCGUCGAGAGUCCAAUUACGAUGAACGGAAUGCCCAUCAGCGUGUAUGCGCCGGAGACAGUGGGUUGUGUGGUGGUGGAUUCCCAAGGCAGGUGCGCCGCCGCCACAUCAACUGGCGGGCUGAUGAACAAAAUGAGUGGUCGGAUUGGUGAUUCCCCACUGAUUGGUGCUGGGACCUAUGCUUGUGAUCUGUGUGGGGUAUCCUGCACCGGUGAAGGCGAGGCUAUCAUACGAGGGACCCUCGCUCGGGAAGUGGCUGCUUUGAUGGAGUACAAGGGACUAAACCUUCAAGAAGCUGUGGAUUAUGUGAUCAACAAGAGGUUGGAUCAGGGGAAAGCCGGAUUGAUCGCCGUGUCAAAUACUGGUGAAGUAGCAUACGGGUUUAACUGUGUAGGGAUGUUCAGGGGAUGUGCUACUGAAGAUGGAUUCAUGGAAGUUGGAAUAUGGGAAUAG